CAUCGGUUGGUUAACGUGUCGGAACCUGUGUAUUUCAGUGCAUUUUUUCUUGCUUUCCGGUGUCAACAAUGUUGCGUCCGCUCUAUGAAUUCGGGUCGAGAAGGGACAAUUUUUGAAGGUUUUGAACGAAAUUCGAUUAAAUUAUAGGAUUAAAAAAAUAGCCGGUCAAUAGUAAACAAUAAUUUUUGAAAAUCAAAGUGAAUUUGUAGUGAUUUUCGCUGAUCGGAUUGAGAGGUUAUGGACGUUCAAUUUUACCACGUUCGUUUGAAAAAAAGCUUAUUUUUUUCCAUUUUUGCACGAAAAAUUGAUAAGAUUUUGGAUUCAGAGAGAAGAAAAUCGACAGUGAAUGUCUUUAAGAUAUUCUGGUGUGUUUUGUGUAUGUUGUGUUUCUGUUUCCUCGUCAUGACCUUCGGAGUUAUUUUUCCUUCAAUCAGACGAUUUGUUGUUGACGUUUUGUGGCGGGAACGUCCAGGAUGAAACACUCAGUAUUUCUAGAAUUGCGUUCGUUGGAUUUUUUUUAUCACAUUCUGUGGACUGGAUUGUAUUUUUUUAUUCUUAAAGGAUAAUAAGCCUUUGAUUACUGUUUUUUUCUCGAAAUUAUGCUUCAUUCUGUAGUGUAAACUGUGAAGUGCUAGUGCCAUUUUGGGAUUAUCAAGAUUUCGAGAUUUUGGGAAUCGUUUAAUUUGGAUACAGUAAACCAGAGGAUGAGCUCCAAGAACAAACUGGAGAUGGAGGCACGUGUUUUAUUCCCGCCAACUCCGUGGACAGGAACAUCGACCUCUUCCGCUUCUUCCUGCCUGUGGCAGUCACUACAGAAAAGCAAAUGGCAGGCAAUUUAACGGGGUUUCCAAUUUACUGAUAAAUAUUUAAGUCAAGUGUCUCGUGCUCAGUGAACGACAAUUACUAUAAGGAGAAAUACGAGAAUGGCAACCUGAUUGUCUUUCUUGUAUGAGAUGACAAUAAUUGAGAAGCGAAAAGAUGUCCUCAUUACAAGAAGUAAGCAACCAACUGAUGAAAUCUGUUAAGGAACUUGCGGAUUGGGAAUAUCCGUUAUCUCAGAUCCUCGAAAGAUAUUCCUGUUUAUUGGAAAAUCCAAUCGAGAUUAAUUAUGGCGAAGCGGCCCUAAUUGUUCAGAAUUCUGUGGACGUUUACACAAAAAGAGUCGAUUCUCUCGACAAGGAAGUCCUUUGUUUAAAUCAAAGCUUUAUAGAACAUGAAGCCCAGGAAGAAAAAGCAAAAAAUAAGAACAAGGAGCGAAAAUCGAGAAAGACAGUUAUCGAUUUCGACAACUUUGAGCCUCUCAAUUUUGAAAAAGAAGUUGGGAAGAAUAUCAGCAUUAGAAAUCAAGCUCAAAAGCCUGUGAAGCUCUUAAAUCGCCGAUUUACACAGUUGGAAACGAGCGCUGCUCAAGUGCGAUUUCCGAUCGAAAUCUGCGACAUUCAUGGCGAAGCUAUUGGAAAAAAGUACGACUUUCGGUGUAAUCAGCAGCUUACACUGUCAGGAAUGCUGGUGGAUGAAUCCAUGCCAAGUGACUUUGACCAACCGACACCUCUUGUCUUCGACCAAGAUAUGUUAAAUGUGAGCAUCAGUUCUCGAACGACUAAUUCACCCCCUCACUGUUCCGAUUCCUUUUUUGAAGACAAUAUUCAGAACAGGAUAAGUCCGGAACGCGAAGAAUCCAGCUUGAGCAUACCGAACAGUACAAAUGGAAAUUGUUCACAAGAGGAUCUUGGCUACUUUUCCUUACCUGCAAAUAAUGCUAAUGAGCAAGUUCCUUCUACGAUAAACGAAUUGUCUACAAUAAACGAAACUUCUCAAAAUAAUGAAACCUCUCAAAAUAAUGAAUCCCAUCAAAUUAAUGAAUUAUCUCUAAAUAUCGAAGCAUCUAUAAAUGACGAAUCAUCUCAAAAUAAUGAAACCCUUCAAACGAACGUAUCAUCUCCAAAUAACGAAUCAUCUCUGAAUAACGACUCGUCAAAAAGUGAUUCUCUGAAUUCUGAAAGCACGCCUGAAAUCAACGGAACGCUAAAUUCAAGUGAUGACUUUUCCGCGACUGUUCAAGAGAAUUCUGAGGAUUCUCUGCGGAAUGCGGAAUCGAAUUUGGGUUUAGAUUCUCGAGAAGAAAUCGAUGAUGAUGCUGAUCAUUUCGAUGAGGGUUUGGAUGAUCGUGAGGAAGAAGUGACUGAUAAUGAGGAUUUUCGAGGAUUCGAGCUUUCAGAGAUUGUUAAUAAUGCUGGAAUUCAGUUGGAAGCUGCUGGUCAGCAACCGGUUGUGAACGGCCAUUCCAAUCCUGAAAAUCAAGAUGAAGAGGAAGAAGCUCCCGGAAAUUGUAAGGAGACUGAUUCAGGCUACAGAUCCGGAGAGUCGGAAGAUUACGAAAUUCCUAAGAGGAGGAGUAAGAGGACGAAAAAUAUGGUUUGCGUGGUGAACGAUAUUGACAAGAAUAUUUGGAAACCGAUUCCAUUCGAUCAAGGCAUUCCAGAAAAACUGCCCAAGUCCAGGUCCAAGUUUAAACUUCCUUGUCACAUCUCGCUUUUGAAGACAAAGUCACCUUCGCGAAAGCGAAAAAUCUUGACGGAAUCGAGAAAGUCUGAAAGUUUACCAAAGUUUCUGUUGAACGAGUCUGAAUCACCAAUGAAAAAAAUGACCAUGUAUUCACCUUCGAGGCCUUUUAUGACUCUGAAAACAGAGGAUCUCCUCGAAUUCCAAAAGACGUUCGAUGACUGUUUUAAAAGCAGACAAUGUUGCGAUGUAUUUCAUUACGAAGCGGCAACCACUAUCACCAUGGAUCUUCUCGGUUUCUUUCCCAGCUUCACAAAGCAGGAUCCGCUCUCGAGAGGAUCCUGGAAAGAAGUGCCGCUUCCCAUCAAGACACUCGCACCCACACCCGAGCACGUCUCUGCCAGUUUUAGCGAUCGCGGAUUUUCCCCUCGUCCACCAUCUCCCGAAAUCGCGAUUUACGACUGCCAAACACCUCCCGAUUCACCAGCAAUGGCUGAUGCCUUCGACGCCGACGAGCCUCUCCACUCGACCCUGAAUUACCAACAAAUGAUUGAAUGCAAAAUGCGAGAAAUUCGCGAAGAAUUUGACAAUCGGACCGACCUGGAGCACGAUGUCGCUCAAUGGCAUCAAGAUAUCAAGCCAAUUUUACAGGAGGCCGAGCGCAGACCCCCUUUUCAUAUCCACGAAUAUGAAGAUCGUGUAAUCGCGAAAUUGGAAGAAACAACCGAGCGUAAAAUUGCCUUUGACAAUGUGGUUGUUGAGCAAUCACCUGCCGAGGUUGCUCGCUAUUUUUUAGCCACUCUUCAAUUGGCGAAUAAUUAUAACGUCGACAUUAAGACGGACGACGAUAACACUAAUAUUGAAGUGCUUCUCAUCAGUAGUGAAAAUUCGCGCAGCGAAGUUCCCUACGAAACGCCCAAAGGUUCCAAAGUUAAGAAACCCAAAAGAUUCCGACAAAUCACGUGACUUAUUCUUUCAGCAUUUUAGAUGUAGGUUUCGUAAUCUAAGAGAGAGAGAGAGAGAGAGAGAGAGAGUCGAUUUAUUUUCCUCCAGGUGGAAAAUUGCGCUUGUAAAAAGUGAUACCUAUUAAUAUUUAAUGUACAGUUUAGGUGUAUACUUGAAAUCGCAUGAAAUAUUUAUUUUCAUGGCACUGUGUUAGGCUUUUAUUGGUAACUUUAAGUUGCGAGAAGCGGUGCUUCUAAAACCAGAUUAGCAUGAUUUUAAUGGAGUAAUAUUUACUUUUGUUUUCACAAUAAUCAAUUGGAAAUUAGCAUGCGUUGAAGGAGGAAAUUCUGGACUAUUGUGAGUGUGUGUUACUCUGGUUCUAAAGGUUCAAAACUUCUAGCGAUUAAUACAGUAAUAUAUAUAUAUUUCUUUACGUUUUUUUUCCGCUUCUUCCGAUUCCAUUGAUUUUAAUUAUUUAUUUUUAUAUGCGCCUAUUUUCUAAUAUAGAAACGUGCGAUUGCAGAACUUGUAGACUUUUUUUCUUUGCAUUUGAAACUGCGUUUUACAGUUGAUUUCACUUUAUUAAUCGGAUGCAUUUAGUUUAUUCGAUUUAUUUUGUUUUUCUUGUAUGUUAGUUCUAAAGAGUUUUAGUAUUAUUGACUACUUUACACAUUAAUUCCAUCACGACUUUAAUUAAUAGAUUUUAACUGAGUUCUCGGUGUGGUUCAUUAAUUCUAUUUUCACUGAUCAUUUUAUAUGUUACUCCUAAUGAUGCACGUGGGUUUGUUAUUGCACGCAUAAAUAAUUUAUCUAGCGUGGAAUUCUUAAUCAGGAUUUUCAAAAAAAUUUCGAAUUCCAGCUGUAAAUUUUUACCUUUUUUUAAAAAUAAUAAAUUAAGCUUCAGAAGCUUUAAAAACGGUUAAUUUUAGACCAAAAAUGUUUGUUUUCAAUCACCAAAAAGUUCAAGAUAAUGUGACAAGUCUGGAAUUACUUUGAUAAAGUCGCUCUUGCGAAAAACGCGUUUUAAUUGCGUUGAAAUUAUUAUUAAAUGUUGGCUAUGUUUAUUAUUAGACAAAAAACGUUAUUAAAAUUGAAGUAAUUCCAAGCUCGAGAUGUAAAAUUGUGUAACUUUAUCUCUAGUAUUGUGUUUUCUUAUAAACAUGUGGAUUAUAAACAAACGGAAAAGAUAUAGACUAAAUAUAUUUUCUAAGAAAAGAAA